AUGCAUGUCUAUGCUGCGGUCUAUGGCUGUAUUUUGGCACUGGGUCUUCCUCUCAAUGCUGUAUCAUUGUGGAUAUUUUUACGCUUCCACAGCCUCAAAUCCACGAAUGCUGUCUUCAUGGUCAACCUGGUGAUCUCAGACCUGCUGCUCGUCAUCUCCUUGCCCAUGAGGAUCUACUUUUAUGCCACAGGCACCUGGCCACUCAACGAUAUAGGGUGCGUUUCGAUCACAAUGUUCUUUCGCAACAACAUCCGCUCCAGCUCCAUCUUCAUCACCUUUAUCUGCGUUGACCGGCUGCUCGCUGUGGUUUAUCCUCUAAGGUCACGCCAUCUUCGAACCCCUUCCAACGCCUGGAAAGCUGCUGCGCUCGUUUGGCUGUUGGUGGUGGUGGUGAACAUCCCAGAGAGCGUUGGAUUAUUUAAAUAUUUAAACAAUAUCAGUGAACCUAUCUGUUUUGAACUUAUUCAAAGCGAUGAACCCACAAAAUUAGUUUAUUUUCAGCCUGUGUUAGUAUUCAUCAUGUUGGCAGUCAAUGUAGUGUGCACCACUAUGGUGUCUUGGACUCUACACGGACAUCUCAAGGACUCUGCAAAGGUCAACAACAAGGUGAAUGUCUUGCUGAUUUUUGUCAUGAACUUGGUGAUGUUUGCCAUAUGUUUCUUGCCUGUGUCAGCUUCUUUACUUACAUAUAGUAAAACUGCCACUAUGCCCUCAACAUGUCUUGCUACUGCGAACUGCUGUCUGGAUCCACUGUUGUAUUACUUCUCUCUGGAUGCCUUCUGGAAGAAAAAAGAGGGACCAGAUCUUGAACUGUAAGACAUAUUAUUUUCAUCAGAUAUGGCAUCAAAUAUCGUUGGUGUAUAUGUUGGUUUUUGAUUUAUUUUUUUUUUAAUCAAAAACCAACAAAGAUUGUUUCUUUCAGAAAAUGUUUAUAAAACUUGUAGAUGAAGUGAGAGAUGGAAAAAAGCUAGGCCUGUUAAUGUACAGACACCAUAAUUCAUAUUUAGAGGGUUAGGUUUAGGUGUAGGGUUACUGUUGGACCCUUAAAGAAAUGUUUAUAAAACUUCUCUCAUUUUACUGUAAGGGGGACUUGCUUCACAUGAUCUGGAAUUGUCCUUGUCUGGAAGCCUAUUGGAAAUACACCAUUAGUAUAGCUUCAGAAACUACAAAAAUCAAGAUUCCCCUGACCCCAGGAUAUGGAUUUUGGGAGAUAUACAUAUAUAUAUAGAGUAUAUUUUGCAGAAUUGGAAAUCAGAGCCUCCUCCAUCGCAGAGAUAAUGAUUAAAUGAAGUAACAUCCUAUAGCACACCUGAAAAAAAAAACUUAUUCAGUAUGAGGAGGAAUCCAGAGAAAUCUGAAAAGAUACAGGGCUCUUUUCUGGCCUUAGUAGUAUGUGAGUAUAAAACCUACUGCCCUUUACCAUUCUGUCUACCAAACCUCAUACAGCACUUGAAUGUAUCCUAUCUUGCUUGUCAGAUGUAACCAAGGGUUUCAUGCACCAGGGUUGAGGGUGGGGGUAGUAAGGGGUACUAAUUUUGUGAAUGUUUGUUCCUUCAUCUCUCCUUUUUUGUAAAUGUACAUAUGAAA